CUUUUCCGUGUAUGUAUUGAUUUAUUUUGACUAUCCUUGACAAUAUAUCUGUCAACAAAAACAUCAAUAUAAGAUAAACAAUGUAAAAAGCACAAAAUAUAUAUAACUGUUCACAUGUUUAUAGGAAUAAAUAAAUGAUUGACAUAUAAGCUGCAGAUGGCAACUACGAAAUCAAAGAAAUCCUCUACAAGGAGUCACCUGUUUGUUACAGCCAUAGAUCUAGGUACAACGUACAGUGGCUGGGCCUAUUCCACACUAAAUGAGCCUGAUAAGGUACAUGCCAACCAAGCAUGGUUCGCCGGAGUGGGUGCGCUUGCUUCAUUAAAAACACCGUCCUGUAUUUUGCUGACGCCAAAGAAAGAGUUCUCCGCAUUCGGCUACGAAGCAGAAACUAAGUUUGCGAGUCUAGCGGAAGACGAUGAACAUCAUUGGUGGUAUUUCUUUCGGAGGUUUAAAAUGGCAUUGUACAAUGACCGUAACUUGAGCCACCUUUCUACUAUGGAAGACAUAUCAGGAAAGAAACUUCCAGCGUUGGAAAUAUUUGCUCAUGCUAUACGAUAUCUGAAGAACAAUUUCAGGGAAACAAUCGAUAAGAGGCUUCAGGAUGUCCAAGAUACUGAUGUGAACUAUGUCCUUACCGUUCCAGCAAUUUGGGAUGACAUGGCAAAGCGAUUCAUGCGACAAGCAGCGACUGAGGCUGGAAUUACUAACGACCAACUUACUAUUGCACUAGAACCUGAGGCAGCGUCCAUUUGGUGUCAGGGACUGCAAACAGAGAUUCGGCGUGCCAACAACACAACAGAUACUGGUAUUUCAUCUGUGGGUACGAGAUAUAUGAUUGUGGAUUUAGGAGGAGGAACUGCAGACAUUACUGUUCACGAGAAGGGUCCCAGCAACACGCUGUUGGAGGUACAUAAAGCUACAUGAGGUGCAUGGGGUGGGACUGAAGUUGACAAGAAUUACACACAACUUCUCGCACGAAUAAUUGGACCGACCGAAUGGAAGAAAUAUGAACAAAAGCAGCAAGAAGAUCUACUUGACAUUCAUAGAGAUUUUGAAACGAAAAAGAGAAAUAUAUCGACUACUUCUUCUGGUAAAAUCACCGUCAAAGUUCCUUUGAGUCUGAAAGAAGCUUAUGAAGAAACAGGAAGGUCUGUUUCCGAUGUUAAAGGACGGUUUUCUGAUACGAUGGAUUGGAAAGGUGACAAAAUCAGGAUAGAUUCGGCAAUAAUGAAAAAAUGUUUCGAAGGUCCAGUGAGUAAUGCCAUCACGCAUGUUAAGGGGAUUCUAUCAGAGGCAAAUAUGAGCAAUGUGAACAAGAUCAUGUUGGUAGGAGGUUUUGCAGAGAGCCCAUACGUUCAGCAGACCUUCAAAGAACACUUUAAGGACAAACAAAUUAUUAUACCCACUGAAUGCGGGCUUGCAGUCUUGAAAGGAGCCGUACUCUUCGGACAAAAUCCUACAGUAGUCACAGCAAGAAUCGCACGGUACACAUACGGCAUGGAUAUCUGUGUUCCCUUUGAUCCUAAAAAGCACCCUGAAGAAAAGCUUCUUGACACGGACUAUGGGCAGUUAUGCUCAGAUUCAUUUUGGAAAGCAGUUGAGAUAGGACAGGUGGUGAAAUACGGGCAUGAAGUGUCAAGGAUUGGAGGAGCCGUUAAUGAUGACCAAACACACCUUACCCUUAACAUUUUCAAAUCAGAACAAAGAAAUCCGCUGUAUACCACUGAUUCGAGUUGUGAAAUGAUUGGUUCUGUUAGAGUCCCUCUGGAUACAGCAUUGAAGGCUCAUGAUAAUAAUGUCGAAGAAAUAUUUACAUUUGGAGGGACAGAGCUGAUGUUUACAUCACGACAUAUGUCUACUGGAGUAACUGAAAAGCUAAACUUAGAUCUUUAAAGCAAACUAAGGAAUCGACCAAUUCUCUCAGAUCUAGAUAUUUAUAGUUUAGGGUUAAAUCAAUGGUCUCGAGGAAAUCAAAACCCGUUUUUAGUAGCUUUAUUGAUUAACCUCACAUGAGUCAAGGAAAUCUAACUGUUGUAAGGAUUUAUAAGGAGGUUAUGAGCUUAUUUAAGACACACUGCUUGUUCGGUUUUGUCAGUUCUUUCCUCUUUGACUUUGUCUGACGGGACAGGUGGAAGACUCUGUGAUUGUUACUUCUAACAGCCCUUUGGGACUGAGCUUCUUUGAUAUUAGCCGUCUGAUUUGUUCCUCGAACCCUUGACUGUGUGUCUCUUUGUUGCUCUGUUUCAUACUUGCUUUAUGUAUAUGUGUAUCUGGUUCUAUGGGUUUUCUAUCUAUAUAAUUAUAUUACUCAAGAUUUUAAUAUUUUAUGUAUCAUGUUUUGCUACCAAUACGUGUAUAAAGGAUAGCGAGGAGCAUCUAAACAUAGCUUUCAUAGCAAGGAUAAAUUUUGUAUUGUGGCCCGAAUAGUUUCUUGAAUAAAUUGAGCACAUGUAAUUUAUAGGCAUUUAUAUUCAAUUGGUUACUUAAGAUGAAUAGAGAACUAAGGGUUGCCACAAAUGAGUAAUUCUUGAGUACGAUAAAUGAAUGAUUGCAUUGAAUUUCCUAGCUUAUAGAGAUCUAAAAACUAUACUGGGGUGUCGUAAACCAGUUGUUUACAGAUUCUCUCUAUAAGUGCAAUUUGGUCCUUUUUGUCUCAAAUUGCAGUGUCAUGAAACACGUUUUAUCGUAUACACCUUUCACGAACAGACUCAGUCACAGCGACACUGUUAUUAUUUGCUUGGUUGUUGCAUUUUACACUUCCACAGGUUCGUCUUAUAGAUUUUAUUAUUCAUCAGAUACUCGACUGCAGUGCAAGCUGAAAAUGCUGUACAAUUAAGAGCCAUGUCAUAUCUUUCUAAAAAUAUAUUGUAUCAACGCGUUUUGUUGAAUAUCUUGCGAUUGGUAUAGAGCUAGGCUGAUAAAAUGGCGUGCCAGUAAAGGAUCGAACCUGUUUGUAAUUCUGCUAUUGUGGAUGAAAAUAUUGUAUUAUUUCAUUGCCCUGUGUACAACGCUCUUCGAACAGAAUUGUUGUAAGAAGCUUCAAAUUUGAAUAAAUAUUUCAACAAUUGUAAUGAUAAAGAAAAAAUGCUUUGUUACUUUCAAAUCUUGAAAUAGUAUUUCGACUGCCAAAAGGUGUUUAACACUUUAAAUAGGAGAAAAUCGUUUUAUAUAGUAAGGUCAUAUAAACAUAUAUUGUGUUAUAGUUCUUCGAUUUUAAUUGUGGUUAUGUACAAACUAUUUAGGACUGUUUUGUAUGCUCAGACAGUUUGGUUAAGUAAAUGUUUAACGUG